AAAACCCUAAUGCUUAUCAUCGGGCGGAAGCAUUCCAUCAGGUAGAACCCUAGUUUCUCUUCGUCUCCUUUUCACCUUCUCCUGUAUUCUUCUCCUUCUCUUACUCUAUUCCCAUUGUUUUCCCCUAAUUGCGAAAUCGCUGGUGAUGUGGUGCCUAGGAUUUUCUAUAUUUUGUUUCUCUGCACCUCCCAUGACCAGCUAGAUUGCAGACCAACCUUACCCCUUUUCCAGAUGGUAACUUUGAAUAUCAUCUCUGUCAAGGUUGGGACAUUCCUACAUGGAUAGUCACUCUCUUUUCUUAUGCUAUGUUGCAUAAUGUUAGGUCUAGGUUAAUUUGACAGCAAGUGUGUUUUGUGAGGAAUGUGGUGCUCCCAGAUUUAGUCAUGUAUCAUUUCUUAAUUAUAAUGGUUUGAUACAGUUACAAGUCUGGAAAAUCGACGUAGUCCAUCGUUACAGAUGUGUGUAAAAUUUCUAGCUCACAUCUGUUCCAUGUGGUCUCUACAUUAUGUCUUAUUAUUUUUCUUAAGCUUACCACGUUCCUCGUUAGAAACCUUCUUGGGUCAAAUAUAUUAAACAUAUUAAUGCGGAUUUGAAAGUGUGUAUUCAAUUAGAAACUAUUUUUCAAUUUUGGCUUGCUCAAAGUUGCUUUGCACGUUUAGGGAUAUGAUACCGUUGAUAUGGGUUUUAGACUUGAAGAAUUCUCAAUAGGAUUUUGAAUUGGUUUAAUAAUAAAGUGUAACAUUUCUGGAUAAGAACGUUUUGAUAUAAAAGGUCAUCUUUGAAGAGAGGUGUGAUGGUUGAAACAUAAGAGCUUGAAGAGAUCGCGUGUUUAAAAAUUGGAUUUGAUAUGUAGAAACCUUCAUAUUAACGUGUGAUUUAAUCUGACUUUAGGCUGGAUAAUGCCUGUCAUUACGUUUGUUAAUCGUAAUCACUGAAAUAAUUUCAUAUUUCGUUGUUAAUAAAAUAAUUUGAAGUUAGCAGGAAAAUCACAUGUGAUAUAGGUUAAAGUCAUAUUAUCAAUAAAAAUUAAGUCAUUGUAACUUAAUAUGUACCCAUUAGCGCGAUAAUUUACUAACUUUCAAUCCAUUUUGUUACUAAAUACUACUAAUAUUGAGCUACGAACUAAAUUUGUGAGGGCCAAUGACAUAUUUUGGAGACAGCAAUAUUGGAUCAUGGUUUUAAAUCAUUUCAAAUUUAUCACAAACAUGCAUGAAAUUAUUUGAUUGCUCACAAGAAGACUUAAAUUCGUGUGAAUAUAACAGUUUUGACAAUGUUGAUCUAAUUGUAAAAAUGUUUCAUAUCCAUUUUAGCUACUUAACUGGAAUUAAUUUCAUAUGAAAGUUGGAUCGAACACUUGGAAAUAUGAAAGUAGAAAAGCAUACAUAAUUUUGAGUAAGUUUAGCAAUAGAAAAGUUCGGUUGUGGUGUCACACUACACCUUACAUUCAGGGUCAUGUGAUCUGAUUUUGCUCAAAUAGUUGACUCUCACCCUUAUGAUCAUGGCCUAAUCUUCCUACUUAAACGCUUCCAUAUCCCAUUUCCAUUUCACAAUCCAAAACACAAUGGCAAAAUUCUUAUUCAUUUUUCUGGCCCUCUUGAUCACUGCAUCAGCUUCAGACUGGAACAUUCUGUCCCAGCGGUCCAAAUCUGGCCUCAAAAUCAGCCUCAAGAACUACUGUGAAAGCUGGAGAUUGAACGUUGAGCUUCAUAACAUUCGAUUCUUUCGUGUGGUACCCGAGGAAUGUGUUAGCUACAUUGGCAAGUAUGUUACUUCCACUCAAUACAAAGUCGAUUCCGAGAGGACGAUUGAAGAAUGUGUUGUGUAUCUUUCUAAGGGAUGUGAUCUUAAGGGCGAUGGCACUGAUGCUUGGAUUUUUGAUAUCGAUGAUACCCUCAUCUCUACGGUGCCUUAUUACAAGAAAAAUCAAUAUGGAGGUAAGAAAUUGAACCUGACGGAUUUGGAGGCUUGGAUGAGCAAGGCGAGGGCACCAAUUUUGGAGCACACAUUGAGGCUUUUCAAUUUUUUGAAAGCAAAAGGAGUGGACAUCAUCUUGAUAUCAGCAAGAAGAGAAGGACUGAGAUCAGCCACCAUUGAGAAUCUUGUUCAAGUGGGUUACCAUGGAUGGACCAAUCUCAUCUUAAGGAGCCCUGAAGAUGAAAAGAAGGGAGUGGAGCAAUACAAGGCAGAUGUAAGAAGGAGAUUGGUAAAUGGAGGGUAUCAUAUUUGGGGGAUUGUGGGAGAUCAAUAUAGCAGUAUUCAAGGAAGUCCAAGUGGAAGAAGGACAUUCAAGCUUCCAAAUCCAAUGUAUUAUGUAUAUUAAGCUAUUGAAUUUUGACUUGCUUUUGGAUUUUUUUCACUCUCCAUGAAUGAUGGUGAGGAAGGGAUUGUAUUUUUUAAUUCGCAGAGAGAGAGGGAGAGGGAGGGAUGAGAGAGAGAUUUGUUGAUGUGAGUGAUGUGAUGAAUAAGUUGAUGGUGUAUUUCGUUCUGAUAUUGUUUGGUUUUAAACCAUGUUGGAUCUUUUCAGUGAUGAUUUAGAUGAGAAGAGGGCGUUUCCUUCAUUUCAUGGAGGAUUGACCCAACUCUGUGUUCACUUCACCUGUAUUUGAAUAUUUGAAUUAUUCAUUGAUUAAGAUAUAUAUUGAGUUCAUAUA